CGAAGUUUUGGUAAAUUUUAAAUUGGCGGCAAAAUUUUCCCUCCAAUUGGAGAAAUCAAAAUCUUAUAGCUUUCGCUCUCCAUAAAUUCAAAAUCUCUGCACCAUUUCCAAAUCUCAAUACCUUCUCCACCACCACCAUGGAUCCCAACAGAUUCAAAAGACCCGCAAUACCUUCCCAAAUAACCAUACUCCCAUCGUGUUUAAUCACAGACAUUCUCUCAAGAUUACCCAUCAACACCCUUUACGACUGCAAAUGCGUUUCCAAAACCUGGAACAAUUUCAUUUCCGAUCUUUUUUUUACCCAGCUCCACCUCACCAAUUCCCCUCCCGGAAUCCUCAUCAAAAUCAUCCGCCGCCGCGGCGGCGAAUCCAGACAGCUUCUGCUAGCCCAGAUUAACGGAGGGAAUACAAAAUCUCGAUUUAUGGUCGAGAAGAUGAAGUUCAACAGCGAAGAUCAUCUACCCAAUUAUCAACUCGAAGUUGUUAAUUCUGUUAACGGGUUGAUUUGUUUGAGUGGAAGUAUUUUAAUUGCUGACCAGGUUUACAUUUGCAAUCCGAUUUUAGAUGAGCAUAUUGCGAUCAAUAUAAUUAAUAAUGAUGAUAGCCAUUACAAAUGUAAAGGAAGUUUUGGAUUCGGGUUUUGCGCUGAGACCGCGGAAUAUAAAGUGAUUCAUACGUUUAAUGUAAUGGAGUCUUACAAGAUUGUUCAGAACUACCAAGAGGCUGAGGUUUACACUGUCGGAACCGGAAAAUGGAGACGAAUCGACAAUCCCCCAUGUAAGAUUACUUCUACUUUACCGGUUAAUACUUUCUUAAACGGUUCGAUUCAUUGGAUUAAUUCUUCCGAUUCUGGCGGGUUUGGUCUUGUUUACGCGUUCAAUUUCGGAAUUGAGAAGUUUAAGGAAAUUCCAUUGCCUACUGUUUUGGCUCCUAAAGGGAAGAAAAUGAAGAGGGUUAUGAAGGUUGGAGUGUUGAGAGAUUGUUUAUGUUUGUGUUCGUCUUUUUCGAAACGAUCUGAUUUAUGGGUUAUGAAGGAGUAUGGAGUUAAGAAAUCUUGGAGUAAAAUGUAUGUUGUUGAAAACCUUUGUUUGAACAAGAGGAGUUUUAAGUUCUGUGAGGCUAUACUCUCAUUUGACAGUGAAAAUAUAUUGAUGCUCUGUGGGAAUUCUGUUAUCGCUUGUUAUAAUGUGAAAACAAAGAAAUUUCGGGAUGCUAAGAUUUGUCAGACUAUUGGAGAAUUUCAAAUUUAUUCUCAUAUUCCUUCGUUUGUUUCGCUUGAAGACAUUGCGGAAGUAGAGAAAGUUCGAAUUUCCAGGCAAAGAAUGCGUACCCAGGGGUACUUCUUCUCGUACUGACGUAAGGAGGAAUGUGUGAUAAUCUGCAGGAUUGGAGAUGCCAGAAUUGAAAAACAGGGUGCUUUUUGCUAGAGACUGCUUGGUACAAUUCGUCGUUAGUUCUAGAAGAGGCGACUUAUAUUUUAUUUUUUAAGUUUUUCAUUUUUUCUUUGAAUGUUUUUGUUAUUUUUUUAAGAUCUUCACCUUCUGUUUUAUUGUCUAGUACUCUUAAUCUUAAGUUACAUUGUGAACAUUGAAAAUGCUUCUUCAAGUAAAAUAGUAGUUUUUCUUAUUACCGUUUGAGAUUCUGAUUGUUUCUUUAGCAAGAUAGCAGAAUAAUCAACUCAUAAUUUUGCA